GCGGUUUUAGACAGGGGCCAACAGGGGCCGGUGCCCCUGUAGAACCGGCCCUGGCCCCCGUUAUGGCCCCUGCACCGAACCGAAUGCGAUGACACGGAAACUGGAACUAAUAUGCCGCAACGUUUCACGCGGAAUCUUUAGUGCGGUGCGCGCUAAUAUUUCUCAACGAGAAAAAGAAAAAAGAAGAAUAGCAUUUACAGACGAGUCGGACGACUAACGGAAAAUGGUGUAAAGAGACGGAGCACAGGAAACGUCAGUAAUCAUGAAAAGAAAAAGAGACAUUGCCUCAUUUUUCACCACUGUUGGCAAGGAAAAAUGUAGAGAGAGGGAGGAUGAAGAUAACAGAGCCGAGGAGCAGGAUGAAAGAGAGAAGGAGGAGAUGGUUAGUGAGGAAGCUGACAAAUCAGAAACAGAAGCAUUCAAUCCUGAGAGUGAGGAAGACGAUGUAGGCUGUGAGGGAGAGAGUGAGGAGAAGAAAGGACAACCAGUGGAUCCUCCAUCACAUUUAUCAAGUUCACAGCCAUCAGAUAUCAGUAAGUGCAAGGAUGAUCAACCAGUGCAGCCUAAUUUAAAGAUGUUUCCAACCACAGUUAUGGCGGACAGAAGACGCAGCUUCCAGGCAAGCUGGUAUGAAAGUCAUCCUUGGGUGGAAUAUUCUGCAAUUAUGGAUUCUGCAUAUUGCUAUGCCUGCAGACAUUUCAGCCCACCAAAUAUUUCUGGCAGUGUGUUUGACUCACCAUCAGGCUUUAGGAAUUGGAAAAAAGCAACUGCAAGAGAGGGAGGGUUUUCACGGGGACUGAGGAAUGAUCAGGAGGGUCAGCCUCAUGAGUCUCUGCCGGUUGGCCACCUGGCGGCACAGCAGAGAAGUGGCAGUUAUCAGACCAUGAAGAGAUGCGUUUACUGGACCAACAGAUAA